AUGGAUGAAUUUAUUAAACAAUUAACACACGAUAAUAGUCUUUUAGAACAACAAUGGCCUGACAUAUAUACUCAUAUUGAAGAAGUAUCAAUACCGAAUGAUUCAAAAUUAGUUUUAAAUGCACUUGUCGAUUAUUUACUUACAGAACCAAUUGACUCAUCACCAUGCUAUAUAAAAUAUUUAUUAAUUACUAUGGUGAUUGAACAAUUGAUUAGUAAAACACUAUCUAUUGAAAUUAAUGAUUUAAUAAAUGCUUUUAUUCGUAUUCUUGAUUCGUCAAGAGUUGAUCAAUGGUAUUUAAAGUUUCUUGAAACAAUCUAUGAAAGAUUUGAAAUUGGUGAACGACUAUAUUCAACACCAAUUAAGACAGAUUUAAUUGAAAAAAUUCUUCAAAGUUUACAAAAUAAAACAUUUAUAUUUAACUCUGACGAAGAUACUGAAAAAUGGGAAAAAUUUUUAACUCAAAACAUUUUUUCGAAUUCAACAAAUGAUACGAAUAUUUUAAAUAAACAAGAUACUAUAGAAGAUAUGGAAGCAACGUUUCAAAAAUUUUACAAGCAUGCUGUUCAACAAUCUCAACAAUCAUCAGUAUGGUUAAAAAUUGCAACAACAUUAAAUGAAUAUUCAUCUGAAAUAUUCAACAAUGAAAUAUCAGGGAACAUAAUUCUAUCCGAUACAAAUCUAUCAAUUGAAAAUAUAUCUUCUGAUUGUAUAACUCAAUUAAUUCAAUCAUAUAAAAAUGAUAAUGAGUUAAUAAAAAUAGGCUAUGUAAAAUUAUUAACAAUGUUUGAACGUUUAAUUUUGGUAAAUAAUUAUGAUGAUGCUUAUCGACUAUUAUCUAAAGUAAUUAUUCCAAAUCUAUCUAUAAUCGAUCUUGAAGUUUUAUUAUCUACAACAAUUCGACUUUGUUCAAUAGUUGAAAAUCGAGAUUUAUUUUGUUCAAAAAUUCUCCAGACUCUUAUUUCGCCAUUAGAAAAUUUACAAAUCAAGAAAAAUUUAGCCGUAAUCGUUUUUAAUUUAGUUUUAGCCAUGUUGAAGUUAUGUGUUUGUGAUGCACCGGAGUUGUCAUAUAGUUUAUUAAGACGAAAAGAUUUUUAUCCAUGGCAAGAAUUAACAGAUGGUCUAGCUGAUUUAGUAAAGACUUGUAUUUCGUAUGAUGUCAUUAUUGAAAACGAUUAUUUUAGUAAAUUACAUAGAUUAGAAAAUAUUAUUGAUUUAAUAUAUGGAAAAACACAAGUUUAUCCAAUGCUUUCUAAAGUCAUUCAUCCAAUUAGUGUUGAAGCUGUUCUUCGAUGGUCAAAUACUCAAUUUAAUGGAAGUCAUCAUGUUUAUCAAAUGGGAAAUUCUGUAUUGAAUUUAAUUGACUUACAACAAAUAAAUGAAGAUAUAUGUAUGAAAUUUAUUGAUGCUAUACAAACUCGAGUUAGUUGUGAUAACGAAGAAAUCAAUAAUAAGAAUCGCUUCUUUCUUAAUGUAAGUUUAAUUUAA